UGCUUUAAACUCAUUUAGCAAUCACCAAGGAAGUUACCCCGCUUCGGAUUUUUUCUCUCCCUCAACGCCACUGUUUGCUUUUUAUGUGUUUAUUUUCCAAAACAUUCCAGUCCAACAAUGUCUUUCAUUCCUGGACAGCCGGUGACUGCAGUUGUGCAAAGAAUUGAGAUCCAAAAGCUGCGGCAGGGAGAAAAUCUGAUUCUGGGGUUUAGCAUCGGAGGAGGGAUCGACCAGGAUCCCGGUCAGAACCCCUUCUCUGAGGACAAGACCGACAAAGGCAUCUACGUGACCAGAAUAACACCAAAGGGGCCAGCAGAGGUGGCCGGCCUGAUGAUGGGAGACAAAAUCAUGCAGGUAAACGGCUGGGACAUGACCAUGGUGACCCACGACCAGGCCCGCAAAAGGCUGACCAAGAAGAAUGAGGACGUGGUGCGCCUGUUGGUCACCAGGAAGUCACUGGAGGAGGCCGUCAAUAACUCAAAGGGCCAUCAAGCCCGACACUAAGGAGGAGGAGGAGGAUGAUAUCGGACAAAACGUCGCCGCCGCCACACGGAUGCCCGCUGGAAUGUAUCGCCAUGUCUGGUGCCAUUAAAUCACACUCUGUUCUGUUCAAUCACUGAAACAUCUCAAAAAGGAGUCACGAAGGGAAACCUCCUUCGUACGUACUCGGUGCCACUUCAAAGAAGACGGUUCAGGCUUCGCUACACAUUUUUUAAACAAAGCCCUGCCAAAUUAUCAGCUGUAGACGUGGGAGCUGUAAUAAUUCUGUGGAUGUGAAAACUUUACAUCGUUCUGGCUGCUGCAUAAUCAGAACCAAAAUGAAUUUCCCCUAUAGCUAAUGUAGUAUUAUUAUGGAUAUAAAUACUUCCAUCAUUGUAUUUUGGUGUGGCUUCUACAGCGGGACCUCGAUUUACGUACUUGAUUGGUUCUUAAAGGCAAACGUUUGUGUAUGUGUUUGUAUAUAGUAUAUGUGUUAAUGUAUAUAUACCAAUAUAUAAAUAUGUAUAUAUACCAAUAUAUAAAUAUGUAUGUGUAUACAUAUUUAUAUGUAUACAUAUAUGUGUGUGUGUGUGUGUAUAUAUAUAUAUAUAUACAUACAUACAUACAUACUGUACAUGCAUACAUACACACAUAUAUAUACAUAUAUAUAUGUGUGUAUGUAUGUAUAUAUAUAUUAUAUGUGUAUAUAUUAGGUCUGCAACUAACAACUAAUUUGAUAAUCGAUUAAUCUGUUGAUUAUUACUUCGAUUAAUCGAUUAAUAAUCGGAUAAAAGAGACAAACUACAUUUCUAUCCUUUCCAGUAUUUUAUUGAAAAAAAACAGCAUACUGGCACCAUACUUAUUUUGAUUACUGUUUCUUAGCUGUUUGUAAAUGUUGCAGUUUAUAAAUAAAGGUUUAUAAAAAAAUAUAUAUUAAAAAAAAAGUAGCCUCUGCGCAUGCGCAUAGCAUAGAUCCAACGAAUCGAUGACUAAAUUAAUCGCCAACUGUUUUUAUAAUCGAUUUAAUCGAUUAGUUGUUGCAGCCCUAGUAUAUAUAUAUAUUAUAUGUGUGUGUGUGUAUAUAUAU